ACGGUAGAUAACAUGACAAAACGUACAAACUUCACAAUUUUAUUUUUAUUUUAUGAAUUCUUAAUACUAUAAAUUUUUUAUUACUUGUUCCUACCUUUAAUAUAAUGCUUUGUAUAAAUUAAUUUUUUUUUCACCUUGUUAAUGUUAAAAUGUUUAAUUGUUAACUAUGUCAAAUUCAAACAGUGAUAAUGAUGAAUUUUUUGAUGCUGAAGAUUUAACUAUUUGCACAGAAAAUGAUGAAACUAAAACAACUAUUAAAAAUGAAAAAGAAGUUAUGGAAGAAAAAAAAAAAAAUAUGACUUUCAAACUAAAUACUACUGUUAAACCAAAUUUAGAAGUUAAUAGUCGGCGAAAAUUUUUUGAAAUUAGACAACAUAUGCAGAUUGAUGAGGAUGAAACACAACCAGUUUCUCCUACUGAAAGUCAAGCGUCAUCAGCAGAUGGUGUUUUUUUAGCACCUUCACACAGACCUAGCCAUCCUUUUCGUGUCAUUGAACCUGAUGGAGUAUCAGUUCAAAGCAUAUUAUCAUUGGGAAAAGUUGGCAGAUUACUAGGAAGUGUUUCAACAGAUCAAUGCUUUGAGAAAGAAAAUAAUAUUCAUCUAUCAGAAAGUUUAAAAUCAUCGGAACCUUGUACUCCAGUCUUUUCAGAAGAUAAAUUUAUCGUUCCAGUUGAUAGUGUAAAUACUUUAAAUGAACCAGAUGUGAUAGCAAGCACAAAGACGUCAAAUAAUGGCACAUGUAAUAUAGAAAAUGUUAAACCAAUUGCACCUCCUAGACGAAAGAGACGCAAACAAGCUGCUAAUGAAAAUAACAGUUUUACAACUAAAAAUAAUGCUAAUCAAUUAAAUGUUUUAAUUAAAGAAACUAGUAAUAAUUCUUUAUCAAGUCCGGUAAGCACUAUUGAGUCCUUAACCAGAGAAUUAGAAAAUUCUUUAGAUCUUCAAUCUGCUACAAAAGGUCAAUAUGUUGUUAAUCACCGUGAUGAUGAAAAACCAGUUUUAAAUAUUGUUCAAGAAAUUACUGAUGAAAUUAAAGAUAAAUCAAGAACAUUAAGUUCUCACAGCAAUACUUAUCCAAUGUCAACAAGUGGAAUUACAUGUAAUCGUUCAUAUACAAGGGUUACUCCAAGAGAAAGACGAAGAUCUGCUGGUGAUGAACAAGAAUUGCGUGACCAACAGUUAAAUAUGUUUUUGAAAACUCAUACUGAUUCAGGAAAAAAACUGACCGAUAUAGAAAUUUUGGAACAAAUCACUGUAUUAAAUUUGGACACUGGUGAACGAGUUCCAUUAAGUAUAGCUGAGGAUAAGUUACCUCAAUGUAUUAACCCAUUAUCUUUACACAUAAUGCGUUUAACAUCAGAAUAUGUAAGCACCCCAAAUUUGGAUUCCAACUCUUACAAAACCAAUUCUACUAAACAAAUUAAAGAAUCAGAUGAAGAAAGUAUUGGCAGUAAAUCAAAUGAUACUGUAGCUACAGGAAGGGAUGAUCCUGUUGAUGAAUCAGCCAUUCGUCGUCGUACUGCAAAAAUUAAAAGGUUUUUAGGAACUACUGUUAAAAAGACUGUAAAUAAAGCUAGAACAAUUGCACAUGAAGUAUCUCAUGUACGUCAUAAAGAGGAUGUCAUGGAGAUAGUUGAUUUAGUUGAAAGACCACAAAUUACUGCUGAUAUUCCCAAUUCCCCACAAGUAUCUGAACCUUUUAAAUUAAGAUCUUCUAAUAGUCAUAAAGGUCCUUAUGAAUUUGAUUCUGUUCAACAUGUUCAAGAAUUUUGCAACGAGCAUACUGGAGCUGUGUGGUGUAUGAAGUUUUCUAUGUGUGGAAGACUAUUAGCUACAGCUGGCCAAGAUCGUGUGCUUAGAAUAUGGGUUUUACAAGAUGCUUACAAAGAUUUUCAUGAAAUGAGGAAAAAGUAUGACGCUGAAAAAGUUUCACCUACCCCAUCAACUGAAUCACUUGUAUCACAACUUUCUGUUGAUGAUCAGUCUUUUUUAAUAGAUCCUGAUGAUCGGGGCCCAUUUAUGUCACGGCCAUUCUGUACCUAUAAUGGUCACCGCUCUGAUUUACUAGAUAUUGCAUGGUCAAAAAAUUAUUUUGUUCUUUCUUCAUCAAUGGAUAAAACUGUUAGAUUGUGGCAUAUUAGUAGAAGAGAAUGCCUAUGUUGUUUUCAACAUAUUGAUUUUGUAACAGCAAUAUGUUUUCACCCACGGGAUGACCGAUACUUUUUAAGUGGAUCAUUAGAUGGAAAACUUCGUCUUUGGAAUAUACCUGAUAAAAAAGUUGCUGUAUGGAAUGAAGUUGAAGGUCAAACAAAACUUAUAACUGCUGCAAACUUCUGUCAAAAUGGUAAAUUUGCUGUAGUUGGGUCAUAUGAUGGUAGAUGUAUAUUUUAUACUACAGAUCAGUUACGCUAUCACACCCAAAUACAUGUACGCUCAACUCGUGGUAGAAACUCAACUGGACGUAAAAUUAGUGGCAUUGAACCCAUGCCUGGUGAAGAUAAAAUUUUGGUAACAUCAAAUGAUAGUAGAGUCAGGUUAUAUGAUCUCAGAGACCUAAAUUUAUCAUGUAAGUAUAAGGGAUAUGUAAAUAUUAGUAGUCAGAUCAAAGCUAGUUUCAGUCAUGAUGGAAAGUAUAUUGUAUGUGGUUCUGAAAAUCAGUGUAUUUAUAUAUGGAAAACACAUCAUGACUAUUCUAAAUUUACAUCUGUCAGGAGAGAUCGAAAUGACUAUUGGGAAGGAAUCAAAGCUCAUAAUGCUGUAGUUACUUGCGCAAUUUUUGCCCCGAAUCCAGAAAUUGUUUUCAGACAAAUGAAAAAUGAUGAGAACAAAAGUCAAGAUGGCUAUGUCUUAGUAAGUGCUGAUUUCAAUGGUUGUAUUCGCGUUUUUAUUAAUAGAAUGAAACCAAAACAUAGUUCAUUACCAGCCAGUGCAAUGGCAUAAAACUAAAUGUGAAGAUUUUAUUAAUGCAAUUUUAUGUAUGUUAUUUUUUAUUUAUUGCAAAUUUAAAUUAUUGAACAAUAUUUAUGUAUGGUUUAUAGCAUUAGUUUUUUUAAUAAUAUAAUUUAUUCUAUGGAAGGCGAGGUAUAAUUCAUGUUAAUUUGUUACCAUAAUUUAUGACAGAAAUAUAUUUUAAACUAAUUUUA